AGGCAUGCACUCCUCUGUCGAUGCUAGAGAGAGAGAGAGAGAGAGGAGAGAGAAAGCAACGCGGAGAAGCUUUCGAGAGCUACAGAUUACAGAUCCUGUCGUUCCUCUCUAAUUUCGGCCUUUAAUUGCGGUUUUUUGACCGUUUUUGGGCAUUUGGCGAAGGAUUUGGAGUGGAGGUCGAGUAUGGAGUGGCCGAGGUACUUGGAUGAAUACGAGAAGCUUGUCAUUCGAAUGUCGACUCCGCGGGUCAUGAUUGACAAUGCUGGCUGCGCCGAUUCGACCCGCGUCAUGAUUGAUAGCGCAAGAAGGCAUGGAAUUCUUCUAGAAGCAGUUCAAAUUUUGAUGGAUUUGAAUCUGUCGAUCAAGAAAGCUUAUAUUUCCUCAGACGGCCGGUGGUUCAUGGAUGUUUUUCAUGUCACCGACUUGAAUGGAAACAAAUUAACUGAUGACAGCAUCCUGAGUUACAUUGAGCAGUCACUAGAGACUGCUCAUUAUGGGAGAUCGAAAAGCUUCGAGGGUCUAACAGCACUAGAACUGACGGGGACAGAUCGUGUCGGGCUAUUAUCCGAGGUGUUUGCAGUACUCUCCAAUCUGCACUGCAAUGUGGUCGAUGCAAAAGUGUGGACUCACAACGGUCGUAUUGCAUCCUUAAUCUACCUUAAAGAUGAUUUAGGCUGUCCAAUCGAAGACCCUGAGAAGUUAGAUGUGAUUGAGUCGAUGUUGAGGAAUGUGCUCAAGGGGGAUAAUGAUAUCCGGAGCGCCAAAACCUCCGUGUCUUUGAGCGCCACCACACACGCCGAAAGAAGGCUUCAUCAGAUGAUGUUUGCUGAUCGGGAUUACGAGCGGAGUCCGAUCAUCAAGCCCCGCGACGCCCCCCCUGACGUAUUGGUUCAAAAUGAUCUGCAGAGGGAUUAUUCUGUCGUAAAUAUUCAUUGCAAGGAUCGGAUUAAGCUUCUGUUUGAUGUUGUCUGCACUCUGACAGACAUGGAAUACGUCGUUUUUCAUGCCACCGUCGACACAUCCGGCGAUGAAGCAUCAUUGGAAUUCUUCAUCAAACACAUGGACGGAACACCGAUCAGUUCCGAAGCCGAGAAACAGCGAGUGAUUCUCUGCUUACAGGCUGCAAUUAAAAGGAGGGCAUCUCAGGGCGUGAGGCUCGAGCUGUGCGCGUCCGACAGAGAGGGCCUCCUGGCCGACGUAACACGAACGUUCCGGGAAAACGGCCUGAACGUAACGAUGGCUGAAAUCUCCACAAAGCUUGACCGAGCGGUGAACAUAUUCUACGUGACGGAUGCGAGUGGGAACCCGGGCGAUCCAAAGAUGAUCGAAUCGGUGAGACGAAUGAUCGGGUUUAGUAACUUGAUUGUGAAGGAGCUGCCGUCGAUCCGCCACCGGCCGAAGGGUGAUCGACAGAGCGAUGACGGCGGCAGUGGCGGCGGCGGCGGGGCGAUGCUGCUGUCGCUGGGAAGCAUGGUAAGAAGGAAUCUAUACAAUCUGGGUUUGAUCAAAUCUUAUUCUUGAUGAUCAUAUCAUAUCAUAUGCUAUGGUUGUUUUUAGGUUUACAAUUUCUCUAUUAUUUGGCUAUGUACAUAGUGUAGUGUUAGGACAUGCGAUUGGGGGAUUGAUAAUAGGGGUAAUAUGGUAAUUUGAAUACAAACACACAGUGGAGGUGGAUAGAUUUUGAGUGGGGCCCACCUCCCCAAACAUUUGUUAAUGGGAAUUUGGUUGGUUAGGUUUUGUUGGUGUUCUUAUUGGUGGGUUAGUUAGUUAGUUAGUUGAGAAUUUUCAAGAGUAGAAUGUGAAACCGGAGAGAGAGAGAGAGAGAGAGAGAGAGAGAGAGAGAGAGAGAUGUGUUGUGGGGUUUGUACAUAAUUUUGUUGAUUUUGAAUCGAAUCGAAUUUGAAUUUUA